GAGAGGUGGGGGCGGGGCGGGAUUCUUCGCCAGCUGUCCCACUGGUGGAGGGCUUCACUCGGAGCAGCUAUGGCGAGCGCCCCGCCCCCAGCUGGUGCCGUGCCUCAGAAGCUGCUGGUGCUGGACGUUGACUGCGGCGUGGACGACGCCCACGCGCUCAUGAUCGCCCUGGGAGACGCCGCGCGCGCGCGCGUGCUCGCCGUCACGUGCUGCAACGGCAACACGCACGUGCGCCAGGUGGCGGACAACGUGGCGCGCGUGCUGCGCGCGUGCGGAGCGAGCGCGCGGGUCCCCGUGUUCCUAGGGGCCUCCGCGCCGCUGCUGGCCAAGCCGAUGCACGCGACCCGGUUCCACGGCAACGACGGUCUGGGGGACUCCGCGGACCCCCCCGACCCGAGCCCCGUGGCGGUGAAGAAGCAGGAGGAGCACGCGGUCAAUGCGCUCGUCCGUCUGGCCAAGGAGAACCCGGGACAGAUCACGCUCGUGGCCGUGGGGCCCCUGACCAACGUGGCGCUUGCGACGCGCAUGGACCCCGACUUCACCUCGCGCCUCAAGGAGCUCUUCAUCAUGGGCGGCACCAUGGAGGCGCAUGGGAACUGCACCAUGUCCGGGGAGUUUAACUUUGUUGCGGACCCUGAGGCUGCCUACGUGGUGCUGGAGACCUGCAGCUGCCCGCUGCACAUUGCGAGCUGGGAGUUUACCGUGCGCAACGCCAUUCCCUGGGAGUUCUACGAGGAGUGGACCGCCGCCGACACGGAGCGGGGGCGCUUCGUGAAGCGCAUCUCAGCGAAGAGCGCCGCCUUUGCUCGGAAGUCCAAUCGCGGAUUUGUGGAGCCGUUUGUCGGCCCGGGCUUCGUGCCGUGCGAUGCCUACGCAGUGGCCGCUGCCUUGGACCCGGACUUCGUCACCCAGUGGGCAGAGCACUCGGUGCGCGUGGAGCUGCACGGCGCUCUGACGCGCGGCCAGAUGGUGGUGGACUGGCUGGGCAUGAUGCAGGACCCGCCGCUGGUCAAGGCGCGCAUCAUGGUCCGGUGCGACACGGCGCGGCUCAGGGCCAUGCUCGUCGCGGCCGUGCGGUGACCGGCCGCCCGCAGGCCCUCGCCGCCUCCCUGUCGCUCUUCUCUUGCUGCUGCCGCCGACGUAGUGAACGUGCCGAACGUUGGCGUCGUGGGUUGGUACCGUUGGAAUGUUUAUCCAUCCGCCCGCUCACCCACCCACACUCACUCACUCGCUCAUCCACCCACGCACCCACACUCACUCAUCCACCCACCC